AUGUCACUAGCAACUCAGCUGUUGCAGACGCAGACCGGCUAUUAUUCUCAGUCUAUAUCUCACUUCGGGUGCGACGCUUGUCUGGUGGGGACUCUAAAAUGCCUUCCAGCUGCUCUUUUGAGCUUGAUCGCCGCGAACCUAUUUACUACAGUGGGGAGACGGUCAAUGGAAGAGCCGUUCUGACCACAACAUCCGAAAAGUCUGUAAACGAGGUAUACAUUCUCUUCGAGGGCGAGGCAAAGGUGCGAUGGGACGAGCGGCGGACAAGGACGAGAGGUGGAAAGACUGAGCACUACACGGAAUAUUUCCGAGGCAAGCAGCAGUACUUGUACACCCGGACCUCUGUCUUUGCAUCCGGGAAUCUUCCACCAGGUACGCACACCUACAACUUCUGCAUUCCGCUGCCCCUGGAAUGCCCCUCGUCAGUGGUGGCACAGUACGGGAAAAUCUAUUACGAGGUCUCAGUGAUCAUCGAUCGCCAGUGGCGCUUCAACAACGUCUUCAAGCAGCCACUGACGGUUAUACAGACCUACAACCUCAACAUGAGCCCCCAAUUGCUGAUGCCUCUAGUUCGAGAGGACAUCAAGCACUUCUGCUGUUGGCCCUGCAGCUCAGGACCGGUUCUCUCGACGCUAACAAUACCGUUCGGUGGUUACGCACCUGGACAGAAGAUACGCUUUACUCUGGAGAUCGACAACCAGUCGAGCGGCUAUGAUCUGGAUGGCAUCGAACUGAAGCUAAAGCAAAUAUACAGAUUCCAGGCUCAGACGCCCCACUACAAAACCCGCGAAAAGGAGCUCAGCCUGAACAAAAGUUGUCAGCAGGAGCGUGUGUUGCGGCUCUCAAAGAAAAUAAUCGAAGGAACUCUGGCUAUUCCAGCGGUACCGCCUUCUUCUCGCUCCGAUGGCAUUAUUUCGGUUAGUUACAAAGUGAUUCUGACAAUCAGCAUGGGCGACUGCCACGUGGACUCGGACUUCGAGGUACCGAUUGUAGUUGGCACUAUACCAUUGAUCCAAAGUGCCGAGAAUCCAGCCAGUGCAGCGCAGUGGAUACCGGAAACACCGGACACUCCGGCCGGAGCUGCCGCAGAUCUGCCACCCAGUUAUGACAAGUGCAAUCCACCAACCUUCGAGGAGGCCACAAACUUUGGUGAAAGGUUCAUCGACAUCGAUCAGGAUGAGCACAAUCGCACGGAUGACUUUAUUCCCCGUUACCCCAUGUACACCAACUUUGCCAUGCCAUCGGCUCCACCUCCACCCGCUGAAGAAUCGGGAUCCAUUCAACCCGUGCCCAUUCUGUCAUUACCUCAUGAUCCCACUGCCCCAAUGAGCGGUCAAAACUAUUCUGACCGACCAGCACCAUCAUACGGUUGGAACUCCAACUCUUAGAUAGAACCGAGACAAAAUCUCAUCAAAUGAUUUUAAUUUGCUUUACCUUUGAAACUAAAUCUCAGGAAUACAUAUAUAUAAGUUUUCUAACCAGCACUGUUAUUAUCAGAAACAACUAUCAUAUUAUAUUUCCAAUUUGGUAAUGCUGCAAUCCUUCUUGGAACGAAAUUCGACAGUAAAUAUUUGUUGAAUUCCAAUUUCAUUGUCCAAUACACCGACUCUGCCUGUACGCAAUGCAAAUUUAAGUUUUUGUUUUCAUCUUUUUUCAAAUUCUUCAUAAUUAAGUCAACAAGUCGAAUCAAUUAACCAAAAUUCUCGAUUCCCCAUUAUCGCCUUUAAAUAGAAGAAUUAUAUUUAAUCAGUGUAAAAACCAAAACCAACAAAGAUAUUGAUUCUUAAAAGAAAUGUUUCCCUCAAUUCGAAUUUUCCAGGUACUUUCACCUGAAAAUGCUGGAAAAUUAUAUUUAAAUAACAUGAAAACCCAAAAGAUACUCCGAGACAAUGAAGCUACGACGCUAUUGUGAUAAUGGAAUAACAUAUAUUUGUGUAUUUUUGCUAAUAAAUGAAAUAAAUUAGGCGAUGUACAAAAUAAA